AUGAAAUUAAAAACUUUCAUUACAUGGCUAUAUCAGAGAGUAGUUAAUUACAAUCUUUUUAUAUUAGCUGAAGAUGAUUAUGAUGAUGAUGAUAAUAAUAAUAUUCAAGAUCCAACAAUUGUUAUUAAACAUCAAAAAUAUAAAACUUGGUUAUAUAUUAUUCUUCUUACAAUUUGUUUUUAUAUAUUAUUUUAUAUACAUUUAAUAAAAACAAAGACAUCAAUUGUAAUUGUUGAAGAUAUAACAAUUGAUUUAUAUAAGAAACUUUAUUCUGAACAUCAUGAAACACUUUUAUGUCCAUGUUCAAUAACAACAAUAUCUUAUGAAAAUAUAACAUCAAACGAUGUAACAAUACAUUCUGUUUGUUCAAGUAUUUUUGUUGAUCCAAUAUGGAUAAAUGGUUUAUAUUUUGACAAUGCAAGUCAAUAUGGAGUUUGGGAUUUUCGAACAACAGCAUAUUCACAAUUUGAAUUUUUAUCGAGUUUUUGUUCACUUUCAAAUGAAGUCAUUUCUCAAACUCUGACUGAUAUUGAUCAUAAUGAACUUAUUUCUCUUUAUCUUCUUUCUGACAAACAAUUUCAAAUUGAAAUCAAUGGAACAAUCGAAUAUCUCAAGAAUAGUGCAGCUACUCGAAUAAUAACAUUUUUAAAUUAUUUAAGAAACAUUAGUAAUACACAUUAUUUCAUUUCGGCUCUCAAUACAAACUUUAUAAUUGAACCGAAUUCUUGGCCAAAUACACUUUCUAGUUUUAUGGCAAACGAAGUAAUGUAUAAGAAUAGAGAAAAUGAAACCUGUGCUGGUCCUAUACGAACAAUUAAUGCCACUCUUAGCCCGUUACCCUAUCAAUUAAAUGAGCACGAUAGGAGACAUCGAAUGGAGCCCAUGUCUAAUUCUAGUAAUGUUACUGGAUUCUUUGCAGCAUGUACUCCUCUUCAAGCAAUUCUCGAAAGUACCUUAGAUUGUCUUUAUGAAGUAGAAUGUCUUCAUUUAUUACUCAAAUACUUUCCAAAUCUAAAAACAAUAAACAACUUCAAUCCAAAUAUUUCUGUUCUAUCUUCAGAAUAUGAAAGUAUCACUGUCGAGAAAUAUCUCGAAAAUCUUUUCAUCAAAAAUUGGCCAACACAAAUUAAUUAUAUAAAAUAUUUUGAUUUAUGUUCUCCAUCAUCAUGUUCAUAUUCAAUAAUAAAACGAACAGAAGUUGUUUAUGCAAUAACAUUUUUGAUCAGUCUUUAUGGUGGUCUCGUCAUUAUACUUCGUUUGAUUGCAUCAUUUUCUAUUGAUACUUUUAUGAAAUGGAAGUUUUAUUUGAAAGCAAGAAAUGAGAAUUCAUCAGGUAAUAUUUUAAUUGAAAUUAUAUAA